UUAAAGAUAAGUGCGAUUUAAAAGGAAAGGGAGAAAAAGGGAAGGAAAGGAAAGGAAUGUCGUCCCUUUCCGUGGCACGGCCACUACCCCAGGACACAGCCAAGUGUGCUCACUGCAGCUCUGGACACCCCACUUUGCUCGCCCAACAGCCGGCUCCCUGACACACUCAGCCCUCGCCCGGUCUCCACAACGGCCCUGAGCCAGUGCCUCGCAACCGUCCCCUGGCGGGGCGGCACACGGCCCCGGCCCUGGUCCCGGUCCCGGCCCAGCGAAGGCCGCCUCCCGACCUCACCUCAGGGCCCGCGGCUGAGGCGCGCGCCCGCCCGCUCAGAGCCCCGGCCACAAUCCGGCUCGCGCGCCGUCGGGAUAGCAAAUGGCAAUCAUCGCCCCACGUGGGGGACAAGGGCGCCCUCAGCUAAUCAGGGGUCUCCUCUCGCCUCGGGACCGCCCCGGGUUACAGCCAAUGGGGAGGCAGCACACGAGCGCGAGGAGCUGGAGGCCGUUGAACCUUGACAGUUGGCGCAGUUCGACGGGCGGCGGCGGCGGAGGCGGCGGAGAAGGCGCGGCGGGCCGGACCAACUGGGCUUAGCGCGGCGUCAUGCGUGAAUGCAUAUCCAUCCACGUUGGUCAGGCUGGUGUUCAGAUUGGCAAUGCAUGUUGGGAAUUGUAUUGUCUUGAACAUGGGAUCCAGCCUGAUGGUCAAAUGCCAGAGGAUAAAACUGCGGGACCUGGAGAUGAUUCAUUUAACACUUUCUUCAGUGAGACAGGAGCUGGUAAACAUGUUCCCAGAGCCGUGUUUGUGGACCUUGAGCCAACUGUAGUUGAUGAAGUGCGUACAGGCACAUAUAGGCAGUUAUUCCAUCCUGAGCAGCUCAUUACUGGGAAAGAGGAUGCAGCCAAUAAUUAUGCCAGAGGCCAUUAUACUAUUGGAAAAGAGAUUGUUGAUCUAGUGCUAGACCGCAUUCGCAAACUGGCCGAUCUGUGUACAGGGCUGCAAGGUUUCCUUAUCUUUCAUAGUUUUGGAGGAGGCACUGGUUCAGGGUUUGCAUCUCUGCUCAUGGAAAGGCUCUCUGUUGAUUAUGGAAAAAAAUCUAAACUAGAGUUUGCGAUCUAUCCAGCACCACAAGUUUCCACGGCUGUGGUGGAACCUUACAACUCAAUCCUAACUACCCACACAACAUUAGAGCAUUCAGACUGCGCCUUCAUGGUAGAUAAUGAAGCCAUUUACGAUAUAUGUCGUCGUAACCUUGACAUUGAACGUCCCACUUACACCAAUUUAAACCGAUUAAUUGGGCAAAUUGUUUCAUCCAUCACAGCUUCACUGCGUUUUGAUGGAGCCCUUAACGUAGAUCUGACAGAAUUUCAAACUAACCUUGUUCCAUACCCACGCAUCCACUUCCCCCUGGUAACAUACGCCCCUGUCAUCUCGGCUGAAAAAGCCUAUCACGAGCAGUUAUCUGUGGCCGAGAUCACCAACGCUUGCUUUGAACCUGCCAACCAGAUGGUAAAAUGCGACCCUCGCCACGGCAAAUACAUGGCCUGCUGUAUGUUAUAUAGAGGUGAUGUUGUUCCCAAAGACGUCAAUGCCGCCAUCGCUACUAUCAAGACUAAACGUACAAUUCAAUUUGUGGACUGGUGCCCAACUGGAUUCAAGGUGGGCAUUAAUUACCAGCCUCCAACUGUGGUGCCGGGCGGUGACCUCGCCAAGGUGCAGCGGGCUGUCUGCAUGCUGAGUAACACAACUGCUAUUGCUGAAGCAUGGGCUCGCCUCGAUCACAAAUUUGAUCUCAUGUAUGCUAAGCGUGCCUUCGUACACUGGUAUGUUGGGGAAGGAAUGGAGGAAGGAGAAUUUUCUGAAGCCCGGGAAGAUCUGGCUGCCCUUGAAAAAGACUACGAAGAAGUCGGCAUAGAUUCAGUGGAAACAGAGGCUGAAGAAGCAGAUGAGUAUUUAGAAAACUGAGGUCUGUGAAAACUUACUAAAAAAAAAAAAGAAAAGAAU